AUGUCUUCCGGGGCCAGCGUGAACCCUCUGCAGAGCCUGGUGGAGCAGCUCAAGCUGGAGGCCGGCAUGGAGAGGAUCAAGGUCUCUCAGGCGGCUGCAGAGCUUCCACAGUACUGUGUGCAGAAUGCCUGCAAGGACAGGCUGCUGGUCGGGGUGUGGGCCAGGAGCAGCCCCUUCCAGGAGCCCAGAUCCUGCGCUUUGCUCUGA